CUGUCUCCCUCUGCCGGACCAUUUCCUGUGUUAAGUAAUGCGGAAGUGAGUGUAAUGGGAGUGCCCGGUGAAGGGGUGUUGGCCGGGGAUUGAGGUGGAACAGUCUGUGCGUCAGGGGCUUCCAGCAACCUCGGAUAUUUCUAUUCUAUCGCCGGUCGAUUAACCCGCCGCCAAAAUGUCCAGCAAAAGAGCAAAGACCAAGACCACCAAAAAGCGCCCCCAGCGUGCAACUUCCAAUGUAUUCGCUAUGUUUGACCAGUCCCAGAUCCAGGAGUUCAAGGAGGCAUUUAAUAUGAUUGAUCAGAACCGUGACGGCUUUAUUGAUAAAGAAGAUCUGCAUGACAUGCUUGCCUCUCUUGGGAAAAACCCCACAGACGAUUAUUUAGAUGCCAUGAUGAAUGAAGCUCCCGGCCCUAUUAACUUCACCAUGUUCCUUACCAUGUUUGGUGAAAAGCUGAAUGGGACCGACCCUGAGGAUGUCAUUAGGAACGCAUUUGCAUGCUUUGAUGAAGAAGGAAUAGGUUUUAUCCAGGAGGAUAAUCUGAGGGAAUUGCUGACAACAAUGGGUGACCGAUUUACAGAUGAGGAAGUGGAUGAGCUCUUCAGAGAGGCCCCAAUCGAUAAGAAGGGCAAUUUCAAUUACAACGAAUUCACCCGCAUCUUGAAACAUGGAGCUAAAGACAAGGAUGAUUAAGCUGGAAGUGCCGCUGUAAGAACAACUGCACUGCUCUCAUCCUCACAUCUCUCCUCCUCAUAGAACUCCUUGCAUGCAUUUAGCUCUAGAUCUUUUCUUUUCUGUGUAUUUAUGGAUCUGAACCAGGCCCUUUUGGCACUCGGCCACCUAUGUAACCAAACUGGAAAACAAAAAGUGCAAUGUAACAAUUUUGUAAUAAGAUUUGGAAUUUGGUGUUUACUAUAGGCCGUGUUUAGUAUGGGGGUUGGCUCCUUUAGAUUUGUUUAUUCUUCUCAUUUAAAGCUGCUUGUGGCACAUCCCAGCUAAAACUUCUAAAGUGCCAACGAGCUUCUUGUCUGUUCCUAUAUGCUAGAGCCUGGGGCUUGUUUCUCCUAAACAUCGAGCUGAGGCUAUUAGCACUAUACACUGCACAUGAAUUCUUCAUCUCCUGGCAAGGUUUCUUGCUGCCUUCUCACUGGAGGAGUAGAGGUCCCCAUAAAGUAUUCAUAUUGGCUAACCGUACUGGCAUGAUUAAGAGCUAAAUGUUAAGAGAACACCGUUUUAAAUCAAUAUCGGCAUUUUUAUAAAGUGAAUAAAAGGUUUUUUUUUUCUAA